UUGGAAGAGUCUGAGCGUGCUCAAGAACAACUGGGCAUGCUCGGUAUUGCCCGGGCAGGACUUCGACACGUCGGGGGCUCGGACGGAGCUUCGCUUUAGGGCAGCAUGCCUCAUAGGACAGAACUAUAUCAAGAUACUCCGUCCACUUGCUGGCCUAUUGUUUAUUCACCAGACUACAACAUUUCAUUUCUGGGCCUGGAGAAACUGCAUCCAUUUGAUGCGGGAAAAUGGGGGAAAGUAAUAAAUUUCUUGAAAGAAGCAAAUUUAAUUACAGAUGACUUGAUUGUACUGGCACGAGAGGCAACCGAAGAGGACCUUUUAGUAGUUCACACAAGACAUUACUUGAAUCGAUUAAAGUGGUCCUUUGUAGUGGCUACAAUUACAGAAAUCCCGCCAGUCCUUUUUAUGCCAAAUUUCCUUGUUCAGAGGAAAGUGCUCAGGCCUCUGAGAACCCAAACAGGAGGAACAAUAAUGGCAGGGAAAUUGGCUAUUGAGCGAGGAUGGGCAAUUAAUAUUGGUGGUGGCUUCCAUCAUUGUUCAAGUGAUAAGGGUGGAGGCUUCUGUGCAUAUGCUGAUAUCACAUUGACUAUAAAGUUUUUAUUUGAAAGAGUAGAAGGAGUUUCAAGGGCAACUAUUAUUGACUUGGAUGCACAUCAGGGAAAUGGACAUGAAAGAGACUUCUUGGAAGAUAGGAGAGUAUAUAUUAUGGAUGUUUACAACAGGUAUAUUUAUCCAGGAGAUGGACUUGCUAAACGAGCCAUAAAACGGAGAGUUGAAUUGGACUGGGGCACAGAAGACUUUGAAUACCUUCAAAAAGUAAAAAAACACGUGGAAGGUGCACUGAAUGAAAUGAGACCUGACAUUAUUAUCUACAACGCUGGAACUGAUAUUUUGGAUGGUGAUCCUCUGGGGGGCUUAGCUAUUUCACCUGAGGGCAUUAUCGAAAGAGACGAAAUUGUGUUCAGAGCUGCUCGAAAGCACCAAAUCCCUAUCCUGAUGGUGACCUCUGGGGGCUACCAGAAGACGACUGCCCGGAUUAUUGCUGAUUCUCUUCUCAAUUUGCACCAACUCGGGUUGAUUGAUCAUGAGCUUGCAACUCGGGAGGCUGGAAGCACUAAGGUAGAACUAAUGAGCAAGGAACAUAAGGACAAUCAUCUGACAUCUCAGUAAAGGAGGGGAAUUUGGGAUCCCUGCAUAAUACACAAUUAUAAUUGUUUAAUAUUUAAACCAUGAGAUGAGCAAUAUCCCAAGUUCUCAUAGAAUUAAUAUACACUAAUGGAGACUGAUACUUAAUAGUAUCCUACUUGCUUUCCAAGGACAACCCUCAUGAGGGUUGUCAACACAACUUCUUCCAGUUCUUUUAGAUGCUGUUUUAUGAACUUUACACUGCCCUGACAUCUGGAAUGAAUUAGGCUUGCUGUGGUCUGAGUAGAGACAUGAGCAGUACAUUUUCUUACCUCACUUAAUCUGGCUCUUCAAAUAAGGUUCGCAUUGUUUAAGGGAGGCAAGGAUUUCUGAAAGUGAUUACAAGAACAUUUUGAAAGCUAGAGCAGAAUUAUUUUCUGGAGAACAGCCAGGAUAAUGGAAACAUGAACAAAAUGCAAAGCAAACUGAGUGUGCGUGUGUGCGUGUAGCAUUAUAAUGUCUUCCAAAUAUUUUUAAAUAAAAUUCUAGUGGGAAAAUGGAAAUAUUUAAAUUCUUUAUCAGAAAGGGAAGUCAGUAUAAGUAUCUUUUUGAUCAUCCGAAAUAUGAUUAUAAUUCAAAACUACAGGCAAGGAUAACACUGCUAGAUUCAAAUCUUUUCUUUUUUUCACACUCUUUCCAGAAGUAUAUAACAGAAUAAUGGUCUGUUUCUUAUUUUCACUGAAGGUUUAGGAUUAUAUGCGCUAAAAUACCACAAAUAAAUGUAAGAGCUUAUCACUGAUUUAAAAUACAACGCUAAGUAGUGCAUAGAUUGUAACAAAAUGUAUGAAGUGACAUAUAUAAAGUAAUUUGCACCAGAUUUAACAGCAAAAAGAUAAAACAGUUGUUACCACUUUUUCUAAAAUGGUGCCUAUAAAAAAAUGCAUGAUUGAGGCAUACUUGUUUGAUAAAAUCAAAGUUCUGUGUUGUAAUAUUCAAUCAUUAUCUUUGAUUAUAGAUCUCAUUGAUAAUAUGUAUUUCUUUAUAAUGGUACAUACAACUUUACUGAAUUCUGAAGCCUGGAAACACUAUAAAUGUAAAGUAAAAAUUUAAAUGUUUUUGUUUUCAGUCACAUUUCUAGAAAGUGUAUAGAUUUUUUGAGAGGGAUAGGACAUGCAAAGGUUACUUUUUAAAUUGUAGAAAGCUAUUCUAUGUAAACAUUAAGUGCUUUCUUUAAAAUGGCGCUACCCUUUUCAUUCAAAGUUGUUUUUUGAAGAAGUAGUUCCUAAUAAGGGAAAACUUGUCUCUAGUCUCAGGAGCUUUUAUUAUUAGAGACGAUUAAUGGUCAGAAAAUGAGAAGCAAUGGAAUUGAUUUAUAUGUAUGUCUACAGGUCCUAUAGAACUUAAAGGCUCCUCCUGUAGUACACAAAAUAACGGUGUAAAAUUAAUGGGGAAAAAAUGAUAGGAAAGGCAGUGGUGUGCCAAAGGAUGCUAAUUCUCAGUGGCCUUGAUGUUUGCCAGAGUCUGUACAUCAGCACUGAAACUGAAAUGCAGUAAAAGCAGGCAGGCUGCAGAUUCUAAAAUAUUCCAAGUUCCAAAUAAGCAUUUUCUCUUUGAAAAUGAGAAUUACAGUAGUUAGGUGAUUAGUUAAACUUGUUCCAGUG